ACCAAUGACUUCAUUUUUUCACUCCAAUUUCUUCUCAAAUUAUUUCGCCCCAAAUUUUGUUCUUUCCAAUUUCAAUUUCUCAAUUUUUCAACGCUUUCAUUGUUCUACAUUGAAGCCAAAUAAACACUCUUUCAUUGUUCCAGAUCUCAUUCUUUCUCCAUCUGUAACCGUUAAUUGAGGCACUUGUGGUGGCCCGGAGAAAUCAAAAUCAAAUUCUUCAAUUUUGUGUUUUGUUAGCUGUAGAAGUUUCAACUUUCAACUAACAAAGAGGAUAUGAAAACACUAGCAGUUAAUACUGAAGAUUCUUUUUCCAGUUUAUUGGAGUUUGCUUCUAACAAUGACAUUGAAGGUUUUAAGUUGCUUUUAGAUAAAGAAGGAGCUUCUUCAAUUAACAAGGCGGGGAUUUGGUACGGUCGGCAAUAUGGGUCUAAGCAGAUUGCUCUUGACCAUAAAACAUCUUUGAUGGUCGCUUCUACUUAUGGUAGUAUUGAUGUUAUAAAGCUUAUAGUUUCGUAUCCGGAAGCCGAUGUGAAUUUUGCUUGUGGUGUGAGUAAAAUGACUGCCCUUCAUUGUGCUGCUUCUGGUGGGUCUGUUAAUGUUGUUGAUGCUGUGAGACUUCUUAUAUUGGCUGGUGCUGAUGUUAAUUGUGUCGAUGCCAAUGGAAAUCGGCCUGUUGAUGUCAUUGUUGUUCCUCCCAAGCUGCAAAGCAUGAAAUCAGUUCUUGAGGAACUUCUUUUGUAUAAUGCCUCUGAUAAUGGCUCUAUUGGUGACUUCUCUGUUUCAGUGUCUGUUAAUUCUUCUAGUUCUGGUUUGCUUGAUAAUGGGAUGACUUUGCCAUACUCCCCCUCAGUGUCGCCGCCAUCUCCUGUAGUGGGUUCGAAGUUUACGGAGAAGAAGGAAUAUCCAGUUGAUCCAUCACUUCCUGGUAUAAAAAACAGCAUAUACGCAAGUGAUGAGUUUCGAAUGUAUUCUUUCAAGGUCCGUCCUUGUUCCCGUGCAUACUCUCAUGAUUGGACUGACUGUCCAUUUGUUCAUCCUGGAGAGAAUGCUCGGAGGAGAGACCCUAGGAAGUUCCAUUACAGCUGUGUGCCUUGCCCUGAAUUUAAGAAAAGGUCGUGUACGCGUGGAGAUAUGUGUGAAUAUGCUCAUGGAGUAUUUGAAAGCUGGCUACACCCAGCUCUGUAUCGAACACACCUCUGUAACGACGGUACUAGUUGUAAUCGAAGGGUGUGUUUUUUUGCUCAUGUUGCAGAGGAAUUGAGGCCAUUGCAUCCGUCAACUGGAUCUGCGAUUUCUUCACCGCGUUCAUCCGGAUCUGCUCUUAAUGUGAUGGACAUAGCUGCUGCAAUGAAUCUUUUUCCUGGUUCACCCUCGUCAGUCUCUUCUAUGUCUCCAUCUCAUUUUGCCCAGCCGAUGUCCCCUUCUGGAAAUUGCAUGUCAUUCUCAAGUGCAGCCUGGGCACAGCAAAAUGUUCCAACUCUUCAUUUACCGGGAGCUAAUUUUCAAUCUAGUCGAUUGAGAUCUUCUCUUAGUGCUCGUGACAUUCCACCCGAAGACUUCAAUGUGCUUAGCAAUUUUGAUUGCCAGCAGCACCUUUUGAAUGACUUGAGCUGUUCCGCACAGCCCCGUCCUGGUUCUUGUUGGUCUAAGGCACUAAAUCCAUCAAAUCAUGAAGAGCUCUUUUCUGCUGAAAUUUUGUCAUCUCCACAGUAUUCUGACCAAUCAAUGGCUUCUGUUUUUUCACCUUCACGUAAAUCAGUUGCUAUGAACCAUUUUAACCAGCUUCAAAACAUGUUAUCACCUACAAAUACUAAUAUGUUGUCUCCAAAAAAUGUUGAGCAACCUAUGUUACAGGCUUCAUUUGGCGUCCCUUUUUCAGGUAGGAUGUCACCUAGAAGUAUGGAACCAAUCUCCCCAAUGGGCCCUCGAAUGUCUCCAUUUGGUCAGCGCGAGAAACAGCUGCGGAGUAUUAGCUCAAGGGACCUUGGUUCCAACAUCCCUGCCUCAGUUGUUGGAUCUCCUACAAACCCACGAUCUAAGUGGGGAUCUCCUAAUGGGAUGGUUGAUUGGUCGGUAAAUGGAGAUGAACUUAGUCGCCAAUGGGAUGGUUGAUUGGUCGGUAAAUGGUUGAUUCUACGGUGAUUCCAAACAUAGGUUGAGUUAAAUUGACACUUCACAUCUUAUUGAGAUAGGUAUUUAAUUUCUUCAGGUACAUAUUCUUUUGGUGAAAUUUUUUCGGCAGAAGACAACAAGGAAGAGAAGUAAUAAAGCGAGGGUUGACUACAAAGUUGUUGAAGCAUAGAUUCUAUUUUUUUCAAACAAAGAAUAAUAUUCUGUCAUUCAAUAUUUUGCUAGAGAGCUUAAUUCUAUUUGGGCUGAUAUUCAAAAAGGGAGAGAAAAUCCUGUGGAGGUCGUGUAUUUUUCAUCUAAAACGCCUCAUUUUCAGAAUUCUUCUUCCUUUUUACAUCUUACUACCAUUUCCUUUGAACAAAACUAGAUGGUUUGCUAAGCAACAAUACAAUACCAAUAUCUUUGACUGAUUUCAAGUUUUUUUUCUCAAGUUGUUGGUGCCUAUAUAUUUAAAUUAUUGAAUUUAUUAUCUUUCUGAAGGAAUAAUUGCAUGUAAUCAGCACUGCUGAAUAUUUACUGCAGAUCAUUGUGAAAUAGUGAAGUUCUUUAUGUUCUUAUGUUCAUUUGGUGUAUUGAUUUGGAUUGUACUCUAUCAUCAUUUCAUUUCAGAAUUAAAGUUUUAUGUUCUUUAUUGUCUA